CCGCUCGAGUUGGACGGUCUUGGCAACCCUCAGGCACUCAGGCAUCCAGGCACCACGAAUGCAGACCCGCUAACGACAUCAUCGUUCUUUCCCAAUUUGGCUCUGCUGAAUCAUCUAGCACGUGUCAGCCUCGGGAGAAACACAUGCGCAAGAGCAACCAGGCAGGGUAUAUAACAAGGGACUCAAUCGACCGGUGUCUGCGUAGUUUCUGACAUUCACUCUCGUGGCCACUGCUAAUUUUGACUAUCCUCGCCACUCGCCGUUCAAUCCGGACAAAUCGCUUUGCAUUUAGCUUGAUAACAUAUACACCGUCUUAUCCCCCACCUCCCCGCAAUCUCAAGUCUACCACAUCAAAAUGGCUGCCCCCGCCGAUACCACGAUCAAGAACCUCAAUGGAUCAUGGGUGAUGGACGCAACCCUGUCCGACCCUGCUGACCCCAUUCUGGCUCUGCAAGGCAUGAGCUGGUUCCUGCGCAAGGCCCUCCCCUACGCCACCGUUACCCUGCACGUGAACGAGUACGCGGACUCUGCAAACCCGUCAGUCUACCACAUCGACGUCGACCAGGUUAUCACCGGCGGCAUCACGGGUAGCAAGGAGGCGCGCACGCUUGACUGGCAAGAGCGCGAGCACGUCGACAACAUCUUCGGCAGCCUGCGGGGCAAGUCACGCUUCCUCCGCGGCUCCAAGGCUGAUGAUGGCAAGGUUCGCCCCGCCGUUGAUUUCCAGACCAAGGUCGGUGAUGCCGAGAAGGACGCCAAGGUUCAGCGCUUCCUGCGCGGCGAGGUCCUCCUCGAUGGCUCUGCUGCGGAGGGUUACGUUGUUGACGAUGAGGGUGCCGAGUUUGGUGAGGGUGAGGGUCUCUGGCUGCAGAGCUUCGUAGUCAAUGAACAGAACGGCUGGACUGCUGAGCAGAUCUGGGGCUUCGAGGUUAUUGACGGUCAGCGCCGCCACAGCCGUCGUGUCGCAGUGACCAAGGGUACUCAGGUUGAGCUGGCUCGCCUGGUCUACAGCUUUGAGGGACCGAAGGCUGAGUAAAUGGGUGGGAUGAAUUGAGAGGAUAUGAUUCUUGCAUGGGCUCCGUGAGACCCAAUCGUCAGUCCAUACUUUCCGGUGAAAUAGAAUAACCCCAGAUGCUAUGGAACCUGUCAAGAGUAGCUCCGUUGAGAACAACAAGUAGUGAAAGUAUUGCCAGCCAUUGAUACAAUUUACAUUCCGAACGUGGUCAAUUGGGGGUUUGAAUGCCUCGGGUCCAUUUGGAUUAUAGUCUCCAGGCAUAUGUCAACGUGUGGAUCGACUAUGUAAGUGGGGUGUACCAACAAUCUUGGAAUGACCUGGUCAGAUACCCAAAGCAUGAAGAUUAUCGCUACCCUUCUCUCGGGCCACCAUUUCCAUGAUAUCCCCAGUCUGUGUUCUAAUUGUCCAUGGCAUUGUCAGCCGAUCUUACGAAUUUGCUUGAUGUACCUUCCGUCAAUCCAACCUAUCAGACUGUUGGUUGGAUUGUUGUAAGGGUCUUUUUGGGUGGG